AUGAGGUUAUUUCUGUUUUUAACCACAGUUAUUUUUGGCAAUGAAAUUUGCAAGAAAGAGAUUAUAAAGGGAGAGCACUGCGAGCAGGAUUUUCGGAGUCUUGGGAAGUUUACCACUGCUUUUCCGUGGAGUUAUCAGGCUGAUAGUUCCACGAGAGAGCCUAAAGCACAUCGAUUUCCCUGUACUGUCGAUUCUCCAUCAGCACAAGAUGUCAAAAUGCACAUAUUCAACCAGCAGCUAAAUCAAGUCUCCAAUCACGUAAACUUCUCAAUCAACGAAGACAUCGUCUAUUUAAUGCCUUCUGACCAUUGGCACCGAAACUCUUCUACGGUCAUUCUCGUCCAUGGCUGGAAUGCUCGGGUGAUCGAAAAAGACGGACAGCUGAGCAAUCAAGGAGAGUUAUUUGUGAAUGAAAUGCUCAAGCAAAGUGGAGAUGUAAACAUUGUCCUGUUGGAUUGGAGCGCAAAGGCCAACGACCUCAAGUACUGGCUCCCUGCGACGAAUACGCAAGUUGUUGGAGCGCUUCUUGGCGAGUUUAUAAAAACCUGA